AUGUCCAGAGAAUCUAGAGUGAACGGAAGAGGUUUUGAAUCUUCUAGCAAGUAAGCAUUAAUUUACUAUUUUUGUAAAAUAGCAAACAAAAGUGUUUUUAUUUGGAUAUUAAAACUUACACGAAGAAACAUUUUUUGCCAGUUUUGGGGAAACAAGCCGCGUACGGACAUUCAUGCCUUGUCCUCAAAACAUUUUCGAAGGUAUUUGUGUAUAUAUUAUAAGUAAAUUUAAGUGUAAAUCAAAUUUAUUAAAUAAUGAACAAUUUCUAAGGACCUUGUGGUUAUAAAAUAAAUGCGUUUAAAUUUUGUAAAUUCAGCGAAAAUUAUUUUGGUAUUUUUAAAGACGAAACUGAAGAUAGCGAAACACAGGACCCAACAGCAGCAUAUCAACAGCCGCCAUGCAUUUUGAAAGAACUCAGGGAGCUGAAGGAACUUAUGAAAGAAGUUGCCAAAAAGCAAACGGAGAUGGGCAAAGAACUAAAGCAACUUGUGAAACAGCAGAGUUCGAAAAAUUUUGACUUAGCCAAGUCAAGUCAUGCGGUAAUUUUUACCCCAAAACCUGUCUUGUCCAAUACAGGACAAGAAAGGAUACUAAAUAUAAUAACUGUAUUUUACAUUUAUUAUGGUUUCGCUAACACAUUAUCUUUUAAUCUACAGGAUAAUGUAAACAAAAUAUUGUCCAAGGCCUAUGUGCAACUUGGUCGCUUCCCAAAACAAAAUGCAAGCAAAACAGUAAGUAUAUUCAGAGAAGAGAAAGGCAGUAUAAAAUUGAAAUUUCAUGAUAAUAUAUAUUUUAAUUCAACAAAUAUCACCACUGUACUGAUUUAUGGAAAUAUAUAUCAUAAUAAAAUGUAAUUUCUCCAUAUCAAGGAACAACUUGAAGUUGAAUUCCGCAACUCGUCAUAUGGGAUACCAUUGGGGGAGUUGAUGACCAUGGCUGAACAACUGGAGAGAGUCAAAUUCACAUAUUGGAGGGCAGAAGAAAGGAGAAGGGUAAAACAAACAAAUUACGCUGCUAAGAUUUUGUAAACAGAAUUUCCAUUCACAAGUUCUUAAUUUCCUUAAUGGGUAAGAUUCAGAGAUGGAUCUUCAUGGGAAAAGAAAGGCAGUAGUAGAUAUUAAUAGCUAAUGACAGAGCAGAUCAAUUCUUCAUAGGCUUUGUAAUAGUGAGUUUAAGCAAUUGGCAUUUUUGAUGCCAUGGACGUCAAAUUUCUGAGUAUAAAAAAACGGUGUUUGUGUCAAUCUUCAGGAAAUAUAGUAAAACCUGAGGUAUUUAAUAUCUAUUGUGUCCCUAUGUGAGCAUCAUGAGUUGUGUGACAUCUGUGUUGACAAAACAACACAGCUUGCUUAAGCUCACUAUAAAUACCAUGGUAUAGCUAAUUGCACCACCAAGCUUGUCACAAUGUAAUCAAUCCCUCAAAACCUUCACCCUGGUAAAAAAUUAGUAGUAGUUAAAAAAUAUUUUUUACUUUAUUUAUGUUCAGCUUCUUGGAAUAGGAACCUGGUCUUCCCUCAGGAAUGCUUCUUUGAAAGAACUGGCAACCAGAAUAUGCAGUCUUCUGGGAAUAAAGUUCAAUGUUGUGUUAGAACAGGCUGUAUUCCGCCAAACUGCACUUGCCGUAUGUAAUACAUGUAUUCUUAUAAAAGAUAUAUGGUUUCACUAAGAUUCAAGGAGUAGACGAUUCUUCAGAUUUUGACACCCAAGCCGUUAUUUUGAUACCCAAGCCACGACCACUUCCAGUAUCACGUACAUAUUAAUUAUUAAUUUGAACUAUUUCGGUUGAAUCCAUUUGUAUUUUUCGCUUUUAAAAACGUUCUAUCGACUCUCAUCAAUUCCAAUACUACAAAGGCAUGGAAAUAAUAUGAUUUAGUUUUGAGUUCGAUCAAUCUUGAACCUCUUAUUAAUUUCGUAGACAAAUAUAAUAAUUUUAAAAAUAUAUGUAUAUGUCAAAUAUAGAUAGAAUUUGCCGUUGCCAAAUACGACUUUACUCACCCAUUUUUUUCCAUAUAAUUGUUUGGGCAAACACCAACAAUUCACCAAUGUCAAGUCCGUGUAAAAUCAACAUAUAUUCAUUAUAUUUGCAAGAUAAACGGACCGAAAGAGAUAUAUUUUAUCAUUCAUGCUUCGAUCCCAUGUGGUGUCGUCUGAUUGUCCGAAUUCGUUAUUCUGACAUCAGCGCAUGCUCAGAGCCAAAAUUACAGUUUGAAUUUUGAAAAGUAGCUAAAAUAUACGAGUGUUGCAACUUGCAAAAUUGCAAAUACUAUUACCUGUAAAAAUCUACCUAAAGUGUUACAUCAGUGGUUACAUCCUACUACUGUAAGUGUCUCAUUUAAUAUUAUUAGUAUUACAGAUGUUGAAUUUACUUACCUCAUUUGCAGAGAACAUACAUCGCUGAAAAUGGGCAAAUCGAAAGCCAAGUUAAGAACGAUAAGUUCUGGAUAAACUUCUAUGCCUGGAAAGAUGGCCAGUAUGGAGCAAGGGGCCCAACAGAAUUGCAAUGGGAUGUUAUCCUGCAAGAGGAAUAA